AUGACGUCUCUAGCCCAACAGCUACAGCGACUCGCCCUCCCUCAGAGCGAUCCCAGCCUCCUGUCCAGAGAUGAAGUUGCCUCUCUGUUGUUUGACCCCAAGGAAGCGGCUACCAUCGACAGGGACACCGCCUUUGCCAUUGGAUGCACUGGCCUAGAGGAGCUUCUUGGCAUCGAUCCUUCCUUUGAGCAGUUUGAAGCCUCACUGUUUAGCCAGCUAGCAAAAACCUUGGAGCGCAGCGUUCAGACCAAAGCAGUGAACAAGCAGCUGGAUGAAAACAUUUCUUUGUUCCUUAUUCAUCUGUCCCCAUACUUCCUGCUCAAGCCAGCGCAGAAGUGUCUGGAGUGGUUAAUUCGCAGGUUCCAUAUCCAUCUUUAUAACCAAGAUAGCCUCAUUGCUUGUGUUCUGCCAUACCACGAGACAAGAAUAUUUGUGCGUGUUAUACAGCUCCUGAAAAUCAAUAAUUCUAAGCACAAAUGGUUCUGGUUAUUGCCAGUUAAGCAAUCUGGGAUGCCCUUGGCUAAAGGAACGCUGAUUACCCACUGCUACAAAGACCUUGGAUUCAUGGAUUUCAUUUGUAGCCUGGUGACAAAGUCUGUGAAGGUUUUUGCUGAGCACCCCGGAAGCUCCGCCCAGCUGAGAGUACUGCUGACUUUCUAUGCUUCAACCAUCGUGUCUGCUUUGGUGGCAGCCGAGAACGUGUCGGACAACGUGGUCGCCAAGCUGUUCCCCUAUGUCCAGAAGGGGUUGAAGUCAUCUUUACCAGAUUACAGAGCUGCCACGUACAUGAUAACAUGUCAGAUUUCUGUGAAGGUGACAAUGGAAGAUUCCUUUGUUAACUCCUUGGCAUCUCAAAUGAUCAAGACGUUGACCAGAAUCCCUUCUCUGAUCAAGGAGGGGCUCAGCUGCUUGAUCGUGCUCCUACAAAGACAGAAGCCGGACAGCCUGGGGAAAAAGCCCUUUUUUCACUUGUGUAAUGUUCCUGAUCUUAUUACGAUACUUCAUGGGAUUUCUGAAAUGUAUGACAUCAGUCCUCUUCUGCGGUACAUGCUUCCUCACCUGGUAGUCUCCGUCAUUCAUCAGGUUACAGGAGAAGAGGCAGAAGAGGCGAUAGAUGGAGAAGUCUACAGGAGACACUUAGAGGCCAUCCUUAAAAAUAUACCUCUGAAGAACAGCCUAGACCAUUUGUUAGCCAGCCUUCUCUUCGAAGAGUACAUUUCAUACAGCUCACAGGAAGAAAGCAACUCUGAUAAAGUGACUUUGCUUAAUGAACAGUUUCUUCCACUUAUCAGACUUUUAGAAAGCAAAUACCCUCGAACGCUGGAUGCCGUACUAGAGGAACGCCUGAAAGAAGUCACAGAUCUCAAAAAGCAGGAGCAGUUCCACCAGUUUAUUUCUCUCUCUACAAGUGGAGGAAAGCAUCAGUUUCUAGCAGAUUCUGACACCUCCCUGAUGCUCAGUCUGAACCAUCCACUGGCACCUGUGAGACUUCUGGCUGUCAAUCACCUGAAAAAUGUCUUUGAAACUUCGAAGGAAAGUAUUGAUGAAUCUUUCGUAAAAGAAGCUAUUUUAGCCCGACUACACGAUGAUAACAUUGAAGUUGUUCUGUCAGCCCUGAGCGCUUUGGAGGCUUUCAAACAGCACUUUAGUUCAGAAGAAACUGUUUCAAACCUUCUGAAUCUCUUUCAAAAAGCAGAAACCUCAAAGAACAGGGAAUGGUACAAGGCUCUGGAGAUGGCAGCCGGCGUGCUCAUUAAGGAGGAGGUCCUGAGUGAGGCCCAGGACUUGGCCAAUCAGGUGGUCGUGCACUUGCUACCGUACAUGGUCUUCAUCAGUGAGGACAAGGCGUCGGCCGAGAUGAAAAUGGCCCUGUACUUAGCAAAAUCAGGAAUUUGUUCUCUGCACCCUCUGUUAAAAGGCUGGAAAGAAGUGCUUGAAAAUGUGUUUAAAAGCACAAAAGCAGGCAAGCUGAUUGGCACAGCAAAUCAGAAGAUGAUACGUUUGUUGGCAGAAAAUGUGCGUUCAGGGGAUCCUCCUUCAAUGUUGCAGAUGGUGGAGGAUUUAAUACAUGUCGGUGAGAAGGAGACCCAUGACCUGCGGCAGAAGGUGACUUUCCACGUGAUCAUGUCUGUGCUCGUCAACUGCUGUUCAUCUUUGAAAGGAACUCACUUCCCGUUUGCGACAAGAGUCUUCAGCUUGUUGCAGAAGAAGAUAAGGAAGUUGAGGAGUGUCGUCACCGCAGUGGACAUCCCCCCAGAAUGGCACUCGGAGCUGAUGUUAAAGAGAGAUUUUCCACUGGAGCUGUGGGCACAUUACAUCCAGCAGCUGAAUGCAGGCCAGAUGAUCGAUGUCGAGGACUCUGUCUUGCUUGUCUUUUCAUUAAAAAAUUUUAUUCACGCACUGAAGGUUCCUCAGUGUUUUCCUCAGGAUGAAAGGUGGUGGAAUCCAGAAGAGCUGAAAGAAGACAGCAGAGACUACCUGUGCUUGCUCAUCAAGCUCUUUGAGAUUAUACUCACCGGGACCGAUGCCAUUCACUUCAGGGUGCUGAUGAAACUCUUCAUGAAGGUCCAUCUCGAUGAUGUCUUUAAGUUGUUCAGUUUCCUUUCUGUUCUAUGGACAUACGGUUCUAGCCUUUCGAACCCACUCAACUGCAGUAUCAAAACAGUGCUCCAGACUCAGGCUUUGUAUAUUGGCUGUGCCCUACUCUCUUCUCAAAAGGCAAAGGAUAAACAUCAGUUGACAUCCGUGUCUUCUCCAGUUUUUAUAUCCCUGCUCGUUAACCUGGGAAGCUCUGUAAAGGAAGUACGUCGAGCGGCCAUUCUGUGCCUCCAGGCCCUGAGCAGAGCACAAUCCCCAUAUCAGCUGAUAAUCGAUCACGUGGUUCCUAAAGCAGAGGAGGUCACCUCAGAUGCCACCUACGUCACUCAGGAUUUGGCUGCCCUGUUUGAGGAACUACAGAACGAGACAAAAGUGAAAUCUCUUAAGAAGUUGUCAGAAACCUUGAAACAGCUGCUUACUUGUGUGUACAAUUGCCCAUCUUACGUUGCGAAAGAUCUGAUGAAGGUGCUUCAGCACGUCCACAGCGAGGUGGCACUUUCUCUCCUGUUGCCGCUGCUUCAAAACCUACUAGAAAAAGUCCAGAAGGAGCCCACAGCAGUACUGCGAGAGGAGGCCAUGGUCCUCCAUCUCACCCUGGGAAAAUACAGCGAACAGUCUGCUCCGCUUUUACAUAAGGACCCGGCUAGCCUGGAUCUGUUCAUGAAAGCUGUGCACACAGCAGAGGCACUUGGCCCCGGGAUGCCAACCGUGCAGAUUGCAGCUCUUGAAAAGAUUACAAAGCCAUUUUUUGCUGCUAUAUCAGAUGGGAAAGUUCAGCAGAAGCUCUUGGGAAUGAUGUUCGACUUGUUGGUGAACUGUAAGGAUAUACACUGUGCGCAGACUGUCAGCAGUGUCUUCAAAGGGAUUUCAGUUAACGCAGAACAAAUCAGGACUGAGCUGGAGCCACCAGAUAAAGUUAAAUCCCUAGGCACCAUUCAGCAAACCAGGCGGCAGAGAAUGCAGCAGAAAAAACCACAGGACCCAGAAUCAGCUCAGGAGGCGGGAGACUUCUCCUGGCAGAGGGUGACGCUAAUCCUGGAACUGCUGCAGCACAAGAAGAAGCUCAAAGGCCCUGAGAGACUGAUCCCAACUCUCUUCAACCUGCUUUCAAGGUGUUUAGAGCCGAUGCCAUUGGAACAGGGAAGUAAUAUGGAAUACACCAAGCAAUUAAUUCUUAGUUGUCUGCUUAACAUCUGCCAGAAGCUCUCUCCAGAUGGUGGCAAAAUACCAAAAGAUGUUCUUGAUGAAGAAAAAUUCAAUGUGGAAUUGAUAGUCCAGUGUAUCCGCCUUUCUGAGAUGCCCCAGACCCACCACCAUGCCCUCUUACUCCUGGGGACCGUUGCUGGUAUAUUUCCUGAUAAAGUUCUGCACAACAUCAUGUCUAUCUUUACAUUUAUGGGAGCCAAUGUCAUGCGCCUGGAUGACGCUUACAGUUUUCAGGUUAUUAACAAGACAGUGAAAAUGGUGAUUCCUGCUCUUAUUCAGUCCGACAGUGGCACGUCUCAGGAGGUGACACGGAACAUCGAGGAGAUCGUGGUGAAGGUCGUGGGCGUUUUUGUGGACGCCCUGCCCCAUGUCCCUGAGCACCGGCGCCUGCCCAUCCUCGUACAGCUCGUUGACACCCUGGGUGCGGAGAAGUUCCUCUGGGUCCUGCUCCUGCUGCUCUUUGAGCAGUACGUCACCAAGACAGUGCUGACGGCCAGCUGUGGGGAGAAGGAUGCAGUUUUGGAGGCAGACACUGAGUUCUGGAUUUCUGUCUGUUGUGAAUUCAACGUCCAGCAUCAAGUCCAGAGUUUGAUGACCAUCCUCCAGUAUCUAACCGAGCUGCCAGAGGAGAAGGAAGAUCACACUCCUCCCAAACCAGGAUGCACUAAGAGCAAGCCCCAUGGAGAAAUGCUGCAGGUUUUCAAUGUGGAUGCUCACACGAGCAAGCAGCUGCGGCAUUUUAAGUUCUUGUCAGUCUCCUUCAUGUCACAGCUCCUGGCUUCCAAUCACUUUAUCAAAAAGGUGGUUGAAAGUGGUGGCGCUCAGGUUCUGAAAGGCUUUGAACAAAGGUUGCUGGAAACCGUGCUGGGCUACAUCAAUGCUGUGGCCCAGUCCAUGGAGAAAAACGCAGAUAAGCUGACCGUGAAGUUUUGGAGGGCUCUCCUGAGCAAAGCUUAUGACAUGUUAGACAAGGUCAAUGCCUUGCUGCCCACAGAAACAUUCAUCCCUGUCAUCCAGGGCCUGGUGGGCAACCCUCUGGCCUCCGUGCGUCGGAAAGCGCUGGAUCUGCUGAACAACAAGCUGCAGCAGAACGCGGGGUGGAACAAGACGACGGUACGCCAGUUCCUACAACUCAUUCCAGUCCUUUUGGGCAUCGUGCAGCAUAAAAAGAAAAAGGUGGAAGAACAAGCGAUAAACAGGCAGGCAGCUCUGUACACCCUAAAGCUUUUGUGUAAGAACUUUGGUGCCGAAAACCCAGAUCCAUUUAUCCCCGUGCUGAGCAGUGCCGUGAAACUGAUCGCUCCACAAUCUAAGGAGGAGAAGAACGUCCUGGGCAGUGCCCUGCUGUGCAUCGCAGAGGUGACCACCACCCUGGAAGCGCUGGCCAUUUCCCAGCUGCCCAGCCUGAUGCCAUCCCUGCUGGCGACGCUCAAGGGCAUCUGCGAGGCCUCGGGUGACGUCUACCUGCUCAGUGCCUUGGCAGCACUGCAGAAGGUUGUGGAGACCCUCCCUCACUUCAUCAGCCCCUACCUCGAGGGAGUCCUGUUGCAGGUGAUCCAUCUGGAGAAGGUCACCAGUGGGAUGGGGGUCACGUCGCAGGCCCACGUCCGCCUCUCCUCUCUGAAGAAGACACUGGCGACUACCCUGUCACCUCGCGUCUUACUGCCAGCCAUGAGCAACACCUACAAGCAGAUGGAGAAGCACUGGAAGGACCACCUGGGCCCAUUCAUGAGCAUCCUGCGUGAGCACCUCGGGGUCAUGAAGAAGGACGUACUGGCUGCGCACCAGGCUCAGCUCGCCUCAUUUUUCCUAGAGGCCUUGGACUUCAGGGCACAGCACUCAGAGCACGAUCUGAAAGAAGUUGGGAAGACGGAAGACUGCAUUGUUGACUGUCUGGUGGCCAUGGUGGUGAAGCUCUCAGAAGUCUCCUUCAGGCCCCUGUUCUUCAAGUUGUUUGACUGGGCCAAGACCGAGGGUGCCCCCAGAGACAGGCUACUGACGUUUUACAACCUGGCAGAUCACAUUGCCGACAAGCUGAAAGGUCUCUUCACCCUGUUUGCUGGGCAUCUGGUAAAGCCUUUUGCUGACACCUUAAACCAGGUGAACAUCUCCAAAACAGACGAAGCGUUUUUUGAUUCUGAAAAUGACCCUGAGAAGUGUUGCUUGCUGCUGCAGCUUAUUUUGAACUGUUUACACAAAAUCUUCCUUUUUGACACUCAGAACUUUUUGAGUAAAGAGCGAGCGGAGGCGCUGCUGUCACCCCUGGUAGAUCAGCUUGAAAACAGGCUCGGGGGAGAAGAGCGGUUCCAGGAGCGGGUGACACAGCACCUGGUCCCCUGUAUCGGGCAGUUUGCGGUGGCCAUGGCGGAUGACACUCUGUGGAAGCCUCUCAACUACCAGAUCCUGCUGAAGACACGAGACUCUUCACCCAAGGUUCGAUUUGCUGCCUUGAUUACUGUGGUGGCGAUGGCCGAGAAGCGGGGGAAUUACAUCGUCCUGCUGCCCGAGUCCAUCCCGUUCCUAGCAGAGCUGAUGGAAGACGAAUGUGAAGAAGUUGAGCAUCAGUGCCAAAAGACUAUCCAACAGCUGGAGGUGAUCCUGGGCGAGCCGCUUCAGAGCUACUUCUGA